AGAGUGUUUGCUUAUUUCAUAACAGGGCAUCGCAGUGAGGACUAUUAAGGGAUUUGAACGGCACUGUUAAACAGAGACGCGGAAAAAAUCAGACUUUCUUCGGGAACACUCAAGAAAACUACAAUUGAUACCCGGAAAUGACGGCGGCUUAAGCCUGAAGUGACGUCAGUGACGUUUUGUUGACAUUUGUUUGUGAAAGACAAAAACAGUGGACUCACAGAGUAUGGUGUAUUUUUGGAAACUAGCGGACCUCGCGAUAGACUGAAGAACAGCCUAUCACAAUUAAAACAGGACUGUAUAUUAAACGGCAUCGCGUCAACACCGGACUCUGAGCAAAAACGAGAGCAAGUCUAGAUCAGCAUACGGACGGACCAGGACGGGAACAAAACAAAAUCGUGUCACCCCGGACUACAUGAGAGGCUGAAUCAUUCACGGGCUAUCUAGCCAGCAGACAGUAGAGUCAGGUUGUCACAUCAUAUUAGGGUCGCUAACAUCCAUUAGUUAAUCGACUGAAAAUUCGUGUACCUAAUUUUUAACUGCUAGCGAGUUUAUUACGUGUUACCAUGGUGUCGUUAGUGUAGUUACACAAACGUUGUCCCCAGACUAGCAAGUUAGCAAGCUAAUGUUAGCCGCGGUUAACGCUACUGGAACUGUUUAAGCUGCUGUGAGGCUAGCUUGCAGAAUGUACUGAGGUUGCGAGACUGUAUUAUUUUCAAUACAGUGUUUACUACAAGAAGCUCGUCGUUUGGGAGCGACCUUAAGAAUGUGAAGCACAAUGGCCAACUUUGAAGCUUACCAGGAGUACCAGAGAAUUGAGGACUUUGAGGAGGACUCGCCGCCAGGGGAGGAGGAUUUACUCGUGCAUGUACCCGAAGGCCUGAAAGACUCAUGGCACCAUAUCAAGAACUUGGAUAACUUCUUCACAAGGAUCUAUCAUUUUCAUCAGAAGAAUGGCUUUGCCUGUAUGAUGUUGUCAGAGUUCUUUGAACUUAUUCAGUUUUUGUUUGUUGUCACGUUCACGACGUUCCUUGUCAACUGUGUGGAGUAUGAUGUCCUCUUUGCCAAUCGAGCGGUCAAUCACACUGGGUCAGGCCAGAACCCCUUGGACAGGAACAAGGUCACUCUUCCAGAUGCCAUCCUACCUACUCAACAGUGCACUCAGAGCAUUCAAGAGAACAGCUGGAUUAUAUUCCUCCUCAUCAUGGCUGCCAUCUUCUGGAUCUAUCGACUUGUCAAAGUUAUUUGCAAUGUUCUGAGCUACUGGGAGAUCAGACAAUUCUACAUCAAAGCACUGAAGAUCAGGAUGGAUGAACUAUGCAACGUCACGUGGCAGGAAGUCCAAGACCGUCUCAUCAACCUGCAACGAGAGCAGCAAAUGUGCAUUCACAAAAAAGAGCUGACAGAGCUUGAUAUCUAUCACCGCAUCCUGCGAUUCAAGAACUACAUGGUGGCUAUGAUAAACAAGUCAUUACUGCCAGUGCAGCUGCAGCUCCCCCUGCUGGGCAAUGUGGUGUUCCUCACCCAGGGCCUCAAGUACAACUUUGAGCUCAUUCUCUUCUGGGGUCCUGGUUCUCUGUUCCAGAAUAAGUGGAACCUGCACCCCAAGUACAAGCGGAGCGGAAACCGCCUAGAACUUGCACAACAGCUUAGUAGAGUCAUCCUGCUGAUAGGUUUGGCCAACCUGCUGCUAUGUCCCUUCAUCCUGGUGUGGCAGGUGCUUUAUGCUUUCUUCAGCUAUACCGAAGUGAUUCGCAGAGAACCUGGAAGCCUGGGCGCACGACGCUGGUCCCUGUAUGGUCGUUUAUACCUGCGACACUUCAAUGAGCUGAACCAUGAGCUGAACGGGCGUUUAGGCCGUGGUUACAAACCUACUUCCAAAUACAUGAACUCUUUCACUUCGCCACUGCUGACUGUGCUGGCCAAGAACAUUGCCUUCUUCUCAGGUUCAGUGUUGGCUGUGCUCAUCGCACUGACUGUCUAUGAUGAGGAUGUUCUGACAGUGCAGCACAUUCUGACUGCUAUCACUGUGCUCGGGGUGGUUAUUACUAUCACCAGGUCUUUCAUCCCAGAUGAGCAUAUGGUGUGGUGUCCAGAACAGCUGCUGCAGUGCAUGCUGGCACACAUUCACUACAUGCCAGACCACUGGAGAGGCAAUGCUAACAAGAGCGAGACGCGCGACGAGGUGGCACAGCUGUUCCAAUACAAAGCGGUGUUCAUCUUGGAGGAGUUGCUCAGUCCUAUUGUCACCCCAUUCAUUCUCAUCUUCCUCCUGAGGAAUAAGUCUCUAGAGAUCAUUGACUUCUUCAGGAACUUCACCGUGGAGGUGGUUGGCGUCGGAGACAUCUGUUCCUUUGCACAGAUGGACAUCAGACGUCAUGGAAACCCAACAUGGAUGUCAGAGGGCCAGACGGAGGCCUCCAUAUACCAACAGGCUGAAAAUGGCAAGACAGAGUUGUCUCUCAUGCAUUUCACCAUUAAGAACCCACGCUGGCAGCCGCCUCAGGAGAGCUCAGUGUUUAUCAGCCAUCUGAAGGAAAAGGUCCAGCACGAUGCUCAGGGCGGGCCCUCCACCCAGCUGCUGCUCUCUGAGGCUCCUCUCUGCACCUCGCUGCAGUCCAAUGAGUCUGCCACUGGGCCUGACAAUCUGUUGGCCAGUGUCCUGGCCCACCCCAUUCUAACUGCAUCAGGACUACAAGGGCGAGACCAUCGCUUCAUCCCUCCAAGCACCGCUGCCUCUGCUGCUGCCAGCGUCCUGGCCUCCCUGUCCACCUCCCAGCUGGCACAUCCCAGCCGCGGCCGCUCACAUGGCCUCCUUCCUUCGUCCGUCCACCCCGAGAGCACCAUGUACCGCAGCGACCGCACCAUCAUUGACAGCAAUGCAUUGCACUCAGAGUUUGCCUCGGCAGAGAUGAGUCUCCAUGCCAUCUACCUGCAUGAGCUCCACCAGCAGAGCUCUCACCCACAGAGAACUUCUGGGCAGUGGCAGAACCCAGUACCAAUGAGAGAUCUGCACACAAACACCGGUUUCCAGGCACAUGGCAGCCUUGCUUCCAGCAUUUCCAUGCCCACCCCUGUCCACCUCGGUCGCUGGCAAGAGGUGGAUGAAGAGGAGGAUGAGGAUGAUCAGGAGAUUAACAGCGGAUCUACUCCAAAACAGGGCACUGGGAGUAGUUGUUGAAGUGCCUUAUCUCAUAAGUGUUUACAUUUUACUUUCUUCUAUGAACAUUGUGGCCUUAGAUGAUCUUCAUGGAGAAUUUAGCAUGGACCUUUAAAACAUCAUUCAGCGUUUGUUGUAGGAGGAGUUUACUGAAUAACCACUGUCUCUGCACCUCCACGCCUCAUCCUGUCACACCAGGCAGACUAUGGCAUCAGGGAAACCAUACGUCUUCCGUCCGCUUCAUCCUGAUUUUGUCACUUGCUUGUAGAGACAGAUUGUGUGUAAAGUAACAGAGAGACAAUGUCGUGUAUUUAUAGGAUCACUGUGUGAUGGUGGGUGGAUUUCUUGUUACGGAAUGCGAAAGGCUCAUUGUGACUUCUGCUGAGCCUCUGUGUGCACAAUUAAAGUACUUGUGCAUCACAGAGUUUUGCAGUGCAAGUCUAUCUGAAGCUUUUGAUCUGUGCUAGGAAGACUGCAGACUGUAUUAUAUCUGCCAGAACAAUUUUGAUCAAGUGGGAGAAAAAAAAAAAGAAAAGGAAUUCAACAG